AUGGGGGGGGAUCGUGCGCCGGUGGCGCUGCUGCAAGCGCUGAAGCAGAAGAUUGUGACGUUUGUGGUGGCGCAUCAGGAGCUGCCGACGAAUCAGAUUGAAGACCCUCGCGAUGAGGCUGCUCUGGCCAUUUGCGAGGAUAUCCUGGCGUGCUUUGCGCAUGGAGCCAAGGCCAUCAAGCACACGUCCAGCCUCUCGGCCAUGUUCCGAUCGCACAAGUCCAGCGAGUCUGUCGAUGGUGCUCUUGAGCCCUGGGAAUCGCGCGCGGAGGCCAUCUGGGCUCUCAUGUCCAUUUGUUGCCCGGCCAAGGUCAUUGCCGAGCUGGAGCACCCCAAGGUUCCUUUCAAGACGCCACUCGCCCGCUGUCGCGCUUGGAUCCGACAAGAGCUCCACAACCUCCACGAUUACAUCCUCUUGCUGGAACAGAGCGAUGCAAAUCGCGUUUUCAGUAAAUUCUACGAGGCCCUUACCCACUUCCUCUAUCGCCAAACGAGAUCCCGCCGGCUUGCUCAUGCCCCAAAAAUGUACCUAGACUUGACAGCAUCUAUGCAGGGCUGGGACGCGGAAAUCACAACCGUGAAAAAGCGCAAAAAAAAGACCGUUGCCUCGUCCACCAACACCGACCUGACAAUUGGUGACGUAGCCCGCCGCUUUGACGUUCGGCAUGUCAGCGCCGAGACACAGACAGACCUUCAACUGGUGACGGAUGGCGACGUUGCUGCCCUGCUCAAGGCCGCUCAGCACCUCCAAGAGCCCGUCGGGGAGGAUUCAGCACCGUCCACAGGGACUGGACUCAGCCCAGAAAAGGCUGCAGCGCCGCAACCUCCCGCGACCCAGCCUUCAGCACCCAGCACAGCACCGGUAGCUUCGCCCGCAGAGCACGCGCCCAUGGUCAAGGCCAGAGUGUCUCGAGCGGCGGUGCAGCGCCUGGCCAGCGUUACCAGCUCAGUCUUGCCGUUUGGUCAGAAGGCCCAGCCCAUGUAUGAAGCCCAGUUGCCCACGUACAACCCAUAUUCCCAUGAAAUGGCCAACUACUUUUUUGAUAUCGGGCGAGUUGUUGGCUUGGCCGACCAAGACUUUCAGUGCUGGAACCCCGAAUGCAACGCUGCCAUCGGCAUCAACGUCCCUGCUCGGCUGUGCUGGUAUACAGGCAAGCAUUACUGCGAUAAAUGUCACGUGGACGAUCUGUCCGUGGUGCCGGGCAUGGUUUUGAACAGCUGGGAUCAUGAAGAAAAACCCGUUUGCCGAGCGGCCAAGGCACACAUUCACGCCCAUGCCCAAGCCGCGUUAAUUCGGCUCGAAUAUCACGCUCCAUGGCUGAGGCAAUGUGUCAAGGAGCUAGCUCAAGUCAUUCGCGCCCGAGCCAAAAUCACUCAGCUCGGCAUCAUCAUGAAGUCUUGCCCCAAGAUUGAUCUUCUUCAGGCGUGCCGGCUCAGUCCUGAGUACUUGGUCAACGAGACUCUUUUCAGCCUUGAAGCGUUGCAAAAAGUUGCGGACGGCCGUCUGAUGAAGGAGCUGGAGCGCGACGUGAAAGUUUUGGACCAGCACUUGGAUGAUUGUCCCGACUGCUCGACUCGACCCCAGACGGGCCCGCAGUGCCCCUUUGACAAUGAUGAACUGAAGUUCCACUUGGCCGAGGGCGAGUGUGUCUGGUUGCAAGGCGCCUCUGGUGCAGGCAAGACCCUCUCUUCGCUGCAGGUGUUGGGGUUGACUACGCUUCCUGAUGUUGACUGCCAAGUCAAUUGGCGGGACGACCUCCUUCAUCACAACCGUGCUGGCAUGCUGUUUCAACAAGGCGUGCUGAUUGACGAGUUGAGCCUGCAUGAUAAUAUCCUGCUUGGUCUACAGGCGGGCGAGGGCACCGCAGCGACUUCAGAACAAGUCAAAGCUUUGCUCGAGAGCGUGGGCUUGUCAGCCAAGGACAUGCAUAAAAUGCCCAAUGAGCUCUCUGGGGGCAUGCUGCGCCGCGCGACUUUGGCCCAGCUGCUGUCCCAGGAAAAGCGUGUCAUUGUGCUUGAUGAGCCCUUUAUUGGGCUGGAUGCCACCACUGCAAACGGCAUUGCCCGUCAGCUCUCAAUGCUCAUGAAGACCAAAAAGACGGCGUUUUUGCUCAUUUCUCAUCAAGAGGCUUACGCCAAGCUCUUGAGACCUGUUCGCACCGUGCGGGUGGUGCCCAAGGCGGCAGCAGUCAGUCCUGCGGCGGCACCAAGUCAGAUUCCAUUGGCAGCGCGGGUCCAGACCAAGGUGGCUGACUAUCUGGGGGCCACCUUCCCCUUGAUCUUUGUGAGCUUCCUGGCAGCAGGCUUGGCCAUCUCCCUGCUGACGGCCAAUGUGCUGCAUCGCACAGACGUCUCAGAUCGCAUUCUUGAGGUCGUGGACGACGAACUGAGAAGCAUUCCAAUUCCCUCGAUCAAGCAAAUGGCACCGUUGAUCAAACUCAAGGUUAACCGGAUGAUUGAUGACUAUGCACCCGACGUCAAGCUGACGCUGUUCUGUUACAGCAUGGCUCAACUGUUUGUGGUGGAAGUCGGCCCUCUGCUAACGACUUUUCCACCCUUUGUGUUGUUUUACCGGUCGCUGACAUUUACGGCCAUCAUCAUGGGCUGCGCUGAAUGGCGUGCACGCCGACCUAGCUUGCAACCGCGCAAUGUGGCCAGUGCGAUCACGUCGGCCGUGGUGUCGGCUGGAGUAGCCAUUAUCGUGGCGGACGGUCUGUUCAGCCAGAUUAUGCUGCAUUGUUAG